AUGGCGUCCAAGAACGGUACGGGUGUCGAAGACGACGAAGACGACUACAUGAACAUGACAUUCGAGGAGCCGGCUGCCUCGAGAAAGAGCGAGACCUUGACUCAACGCAAGAAGCGACUUGCAAGAGAAGCGGAGAUUAAAGGGCGGCCCAAAUCGAAGGCGGAACUGGCAGACGAAGAGCGCAAGAAAAGAGAUGCGGCGCUGAAGACUACAACGCUGGACACGAGCAACAAAGGGUUCAAGAUGAUGGCAGCGCUCGGAUACAAGCCCGGAACUGCGUUGGGUGUCUCUCGCGGGGACGAGAGCCAAACCAAAGAUGAUCGCCUGCUCGAGCCUAUAGGCCUUGAAAUGAAGGACUCGCGCAGCGGUAUUGGUGCAGAUGCAGAGAAGAAGCGCAAGUUCCGGGAAGAAGUCGAGGCCCAAGUAGAGGUUGAGAAAAAGCAAAAGGUCGAAGCAGGAGACUUUCGAGAACGACAACAGAAAGAGCGCGAGGAGAAGAAGAUGGAAGGACAGAUGUGGGGUGCUAUGAAAGUCUGUGAGAGACUCGAGGAAGAGGAUGAAGAUGCCGAAGCCUCGUCUGGUGAGAAUGGCGACACAGUCAAGCCCAGGAGAACAAAACCAUUGAAGAGUGUCAACGUCCUUUGGCGCACCUUGGUCAAACAGAGAGCUAUAAACGAGCGAGAUCGCAGGAUGAGGUAUGACCUGCAACAGUCUUUGUCAAAGCGGCCGGACUACAAUGACCCGGACGAGGAGAAGGAAGAUGCCAUGGCACUCGGCAGGAAGGCUGAAACGGAGGAAGUUGAUAUAGACAUCGAUGAAGAGGACGAAGAGCUCGAUGAGUUUGCAACACUGGAGGUCUCUGAGCGACUGGCGAAGCUGGUCGCAUACCUCAGAGAGAGAUGGAAUUACUGUUUCUGGUGCAAGUUCAGAUACCCCGACAUAGAGAUGGAAGGGUGUCCUGGCCUGACCGAGGAUGACCACGACUGA